AAUUAAGAGAGCAAAAGCCCAUCAACCAACUGCAUCUCUGUUUUUAACUGUCGCACUAACAAGAGAAGGGACUCCUAAAUUGUGUCCAUGGAACUCUUUCUUCUUCCUCACCCUCAUCAACCUCCAGCUUGUCUCCACAAGCCUUUCACUCCCAUUUUCACAGUCACUAUCCUGAAAUCUGCAGGAAGAAAGGACUUCAAGAAGUCAAGCGAAACUUCCCUUCGGUGUUAUUCCUCUUCCUCUGAUGACUCUGCAAGACCCGCCUCGUUAUCCUUGCGAUCCGAUGGAAGGAGAGCCUUGAUCGGUUGCCUCUUAACAGCCGCUGCAGGCAUUUAUGCAUGCGAAAGGGCCGAGGCUGUUAGUACGAGCAGAAGAGCGCUUAGAGGCUCAAAAAUACCGGAGAGUGAAUUCAAAACACUUCCGAAUGGUCUAAAGUACUAUGAUUUGAAAGUCGGGGGCGGAGCAGAGGCUGUGAAAGGUUCAAGAGUUGCAAUCCACUACGUAGCAAAAUGGAAGGGCAUAACUUUCAUGACCAGCAGACAGGGACUUGGUGUUGGUGGUGGCACGCCAUAUGGAUUUGAUGUUGGACAGUCGGAAAGGGGAAACGUUCUCAAAGGUUUGGACUUGGGUGUCCAAGGCAUGCGAGUAGGAGGUCAGAGAUUACUAAUAGUUCCUCCAGAGCUUGCUUAUGGAAGCAAAGGGGUCCAAGAGAUUCCUCCAAAUGCAACAAUAGAGUUGGAUGUUGAAUUAUUAGCCAUCAAACAGAGCCCGUUCGGAUCUCCUGUUAAGCUCGUUGAGGGUUAAUCCAAGAAAAGAGUUAAAGAUCUGACAAUUCGUGCGAAAGAUCGGGUUUUUCUUCUUGUCAGCCAUAUUAGCCAAUGGUAUGUGCAUUUGUGAUCAGAGCAACUCGAGCAGUUACCAUGAAGUAAAUUGCUCAUCCCGUAAGUUACCAUGAAGUAAAUUGCUCAUCCCGUAUGUUAGUUACCGUGUACUUAAUUCAUGUAACCUUUAGUUGGUGUGUUUAAUAAAAAGCUCAAACACCGUUCCUGUUGAAUUGCAUCCUCUGUCCUGGAGAAUAACACGGGAGAGGUACCAGCGGAAUGUUGUUGCAGUAGUAUAAUAUUUUCUGAUGACAUACAAUGCAGUAUCAAUUUAUUAAUCGUUUAA